AUGUUACCAUCAUCGAAUAAUAAAAAUAAUUGGAUGAUUAUCGGUGAUGAUGGAAAAAUAUUGUUGACAAUUUUUCUAUUGAAUAGUUUACUUUUUAUAUUGGCCCUAUAUUCAUUAUCAUCAUUAUCAGCAUCAUCAACAAUGGUUAUGGCAAGAGUUGUAUUGGUUAAUAAUCAUAAACCUGGUGCAACAAUGUUAAAUAAACUAAUGGCAUAUCAUCAUCGUCAUCAAAAUUCAGUAUCACAACAACAACAAACUACACAAGAAUCAAUUAAUAACGAGCUUCGAUCAUCAUCAUUACAAUCAUCAUCAUUACAAUUAUCAUCAUCAUCAUCAUCAUCGGCGAUAAAACCAUCAUCACCAAAUCCAUUUGAUGUGAUUAAUCAUAAUAAUAUUCCAAUUGAUUUAUUGGCUUCAUUAUUACGACAAGAUGAAAUGUUGGCCGAAAAAUAUCGUGCUGCUAAACCACCAAAACCAUGUAGUGGACGUCGUAUUUCCGGUAGUAGUGGUGGUAUUGGUAACAAAAAGAAUGAUAAUCAUAAUGGACAAAUGUCAUUAUUUGGUGGUGUCUGUAUGUUUCAAUAUGAAUGUCUGCAAUUAAAUGGUGAACCAAUUGGUUAUUGUUUCAAUUCAUAUUUGGUUGGUACAUGCUGUAAACUACCGGAAAAUCUAAGAUUACCAACAAUGGAACCGGAAAUUCCCAGUAGUAGUGUGUCAACUAUUUUGCCAACAUCGACGACGACUACAACAACUAAAACAAUACCAUCAUCAUCAUCAAUAAAACCAACAACAAGAAAAUUUUCAUUAUCAACCACACCGAAACCAUUGUCUACUACUGCCAUAGAAUCUGAUUAUAGCAAUAAUAAGAAUAAAACCAAGGUGGUUACAUCACAUUUUGUGCCGAAUAAUAAUGGCCAAUUAAAUUUAGAAGAUAAUGAACAAAAUAAACCAUCACAACAGCAACAACAAAAAUUAGAUCCACCAAUAUCGAUUGAUAUUCAAUCAUCAUCGCCGCUAGAACAUUUAGAUCCAAAUGAAUUCAUCGAGAUUAUUGAGGAUAAUCAUCAGAUUCAAUCACAGCAACAGGUUACUCGGAAUCUUACCGUAUUCAAACCAAAUGUUGCGGCUGUUGAGCAAUUUGAUAAUAAUACACGUGUAUCAUUGAUACCAUCAUCAUCAUCAACAACGGUGAUAAUAUCUUCAACUUCACCAUCGACGACUGCGACGACGUCGUCUACAACUUUUUCAACACCGCCACCAUCAUCGACGACGACUACUGCACCAAUCUUAGUGGCUUUGAAUCGUGAAGAAUCCAAUUCAACAACAACAACAACAACAAUGUCACCAUUAUUGCCGAGCAGUACUACUUUAAAAUCUAUUUACGAAAAUCCAGAAAUAAUGAUAAAUUCAAGUUCAACACAACAGACUAUUGUGGAAUCAUCUUCGAAACCGGCUACUUUAACCACAACAACAACAUCGACUACUCAAAGUAGUAUUCCAAUCGAAACUAGUCCACAUAGUGAAUCUACACAAUCUAAAAAUCAAUCAAUAACUACAAGUUCUCCAUCAAUUAUUGAAACAACAACAACAACAGCAGCAACUGCGACAACGGUGAAAAUUGAAUCAAAUAAACCACGUCCACAUCCGAUUGAUGUUUGGAUCGAUUUGGAAAAUACGAAUAUUUCGGAUAUUUGGACAUUACCCGAACAGGAAACAUUACCACCACCUCCAUCAUCAUCAUCUGAUGAAACCAUAGCAUUGGCUACAUCAAUACCACUAGAUAUUGAUGAACAAAUAACCGUAAAAGCGCAACCAACGAAUGAUCAAUCGGAAAUUACAUUGGUGCCGAAUGAUUUUAUCGAAACAACUACGGCAAAAUUGAUUCCCAUUGAUUUUGGUUUAGUGAAUCAAUCACAAUCGGAAGAAAUAAUUUCUGUCGAUGAAUCUAUCAUUACUACAUUGGCACCGGCAACAACGACGACGACAAUCAUUGAUGAAGAGAAAAUUGAAAGACCCAUGACCGUAACAACCCGAUCACCAACAUCAACAACAGCCAUUUCUGUAGCAUCUACUACAAGUAACGUUCUGGAUCCACAUUCAAAUGCGAAUACUACUACAGUGAACACUACAAAUAAUGUAGCACCUGGAACUAUUAUGCAAGAUGGAUGGAUUCUUACAGCAACCACGAUUAUUCCAAAACCAUCGAUUAUUGAAGAACAACAACAAAACUCAACAACGACGACGACAACUUCAUCAUCAUCAUCAUCAUCAUCAUCAACAUCUACAACGGCAACACCCAUCACCACUACACCAUCUCCAACAAUUCCAAAUAGUAGUGCCAACAACAUGACAACAUUUAUUACACAAAUUCCAGUUUCAUCAAGUACCAUACUGACAACAACCGAAAAACCGAUUGAAACAUCUUCAUCACCAUCUUCAAUGACUAAUAAUACGACAAUAAGUACAACUUUGCAGGUACCAACAACAACGAUGGCAAUAACAUCAAGAUUACCAAUUAUGACGACUAUAUCAACAUUGACUAGUAAUAAAUAUAAACCAUCCAUCAUUAAUCAGAAACCAACAACGAUUAUUACUGGUGCCAUCGAUGAACAUCGACCAAUACCAGCCGUUGGAUCAUUCGUUACGAUUGCUCCAUUAAUCAAUUCAACAACAAGUACGACAAUUAGAUCACCAACAGUUAUAACGAAAUUGACAUCUAUAUGGACUACUAGUUCAACUGCAUCGACAACAACAACAAAACGUCCAAUGUCUUCAAGCGAAAUGUUACCAUUCAUUUGUGGACGUCGACAAAUAUCACCAAAAGGACGAAUUGUUGGUGGAACACAAUCAGCAUAUGGUGAAUGGCCAUGGAUGGUAUCUUUGAGACAAUGGAAAAAGAAUGCUUUCCUACAUAAAUGUGGUGCUGCAUUGUUGAAUGAAUAUUGGGUUAUAACAGCAGCUCAUUGUGUUGAAAAUGUAUCACCAACAGAUUUAUUAUUACGUUUAGGUGAAUAUGAUAUCAGUACCGACACGGAACCACAUUCACAUAUUGAACGUCGUAUACAGAUAAUAGCACCACAUCCAAAAUUUGAUCCACGUACAUUUGAAUAUGAUUUAGCAUUAUUACGUUUUUAUGAACCAAUACGUUUUCAAAAGAAUAUUAUACCAAUUUGUCUACCGGAACAUAAUGAAACCUAUGUUGGCCGAUGGGCAACAGUAACUGGUUGGGGUAGAUUACAUGAAGAUGGUCCAUUACCAAAUGUAAUUCAACAUGUCGAUGUGCCAAUCAUAACGAAUAAAGAUUGUGAAUCAAUGUAUCGUCGUGCUGGUUAUAUUGAAGAUAUACCAAAUAUUUUUGUCUGUGCUGGAUUAGCUAAAGGAACUAAAGAUUCUUGUGAGGGUGAUAGCGGUGGACCAUUAGUGAUUGAAGAUCAAGGACGUUGGUCAUUAGUUGGUGUUAUUAGCUGGGGAAUUGGCUGUGCAUUACCUAAUCAACCUGGUGUUUAUACUAGAAUUACCGCAUUUUCCCGUUGGAUCAAUCAGAUUAUUGCUUUCUAAUUAUUAUUAUCAUCAUCAUCAUCAAAAAAAUCCAUAUCCAGAUUGAAUUUUUUUUUCAUUCACUAACAAUC